CUGUACACAGCAGCGCCGUACAUAAGCACGCAUGUGUUUCUAGGGUCGGGAAGACUUCCUUCUUGGAUUCUUGGAUGCACUCUACAUAUUCGUGUGUCACACACUUGAUCAUUGCUCAACUGCGAUUUGUUUAAUGAUGGAGUGAAGACCAGAAGCCUCGAUGAAUAAAACACCCAACUACUUUGAUUCGUCCUACUUCAUCCACCAGCGGUAUGAGGACACAUCGCUAAUGAUAUUUCAGCAGCAGCAACGUAAGAAAAAAGAUCUCAGCUUUGCUACCAGCACAAAACGCCCACUGUCAGUGGAGGUGGACUCUAGUAACCAUGUGGAGUUUGGUAACUAUGGAAACAGAGGAGUGGUGGCUCGACAAGAAGGCAUCAACCACAUGAAAAUGGAUUCCAGUCGUGUUCAGUCAAGUGUUUGUAGCAUAGUAUAGCCACAUCCAUUACCUGCUUUCAUUGGACCUUCUGUUACAUUCCUGUAAUAUCCAUAAUAUUCGCCAUUUUGUUAACAUUUGUAACCUAUAAGGUUUAUGUCAUCACCCUUGCUUAUUUGCCUGGCUUAUGUUAUAUCCCUGCAAUAUAUUUAUAUAGAAAUUUUAACCAAGCUAAAUUCAUUUCAAUUUAUUGCGAUUGUGUUGAUCUGAAGUCCAUAACCAAAUCAGGAACAUUAGAUAUUUCAUACCAAGCUAAUUUACUUAUACUAUAGUACUACUACUAAUUAUAAUAAUUUGCCAUGGAGCUGCACCCGAUGCUUGAUUCUGACACCAUGCCCAAUACAGGGCUAUGGUAUGUAUUAUCUACCUUUGGAGACAGCCCCUCAAUCCGUGUUGGCCAUACCUGUUCCUUUGUGAAAGGGUCAAAGCCUGGUGACAAUGGCAGGUUGUAUGUCAUUGGUGGGGCCAACCCCAGUGGUGCUUUUUGUGAUACCUUUUACAUGGACCUUAACACCAUGCAGUGGGACAUUGUUGACUUCCCAGGAUUCCGAGCCAGAUACGAACAUGCUGCCUUUGUACCCACAAGCUCCUCAGAUAAAAUAUAUGUGUUUGGCGGAGCAGAUCCCACUGGAAACAUGAAUGACAUCCAGGUGUUGGACACCUCCUCAAACUCCUGGUCCACUCCUGCCGUCCUUGGCAAGCCACCCUCGCCUCGGACAUUCCACACAACAGCAGUUGUAGGGGACCGGUUCAUUGUGUAUAGUGGGGGCCACAGUGGCCCUGACCCAGUGAGUGACCGCCAAGUCCACUGUUUCGAUUCAAAAUCUGGCUCUUGGUCAAUUCUUCAUGUACAAGGAGAUUCACCUAAACCCCGUCAUGGUCAUGUAAUGGUAGGCAUUGGAAACCGUUUAUUUAUUCAUGGAGGUAUGGCUGGGGCUUCUUUUUACGAUGAUCUUCAUAUACUAGACCUUAACAAGAGGUGCUGGUCCAAUGCUAGAAAGAAGAAAGUGUUUCCCUCUGCUAGAGCAGCCCAUUCUGGAAUGGCCUAUGAAACUGACCUGUAUAUAUUUGGUGGAAUGAACAGAGAAGGAGCUCUUGAUGACCUACACAAACUAGACACAGUAUCUAUGGUGUGGACUAAGAUUGAGCUCCAGGGCCCCCCUCCUGCCUGUAGACUAGACUUUGGCAUGUGUUACCUGGAACUGGAGCGUGCUUUUCCUGAUACAACAGAAGAUGAUGACAUCAUUGGAGCCACACUGAAUGCCCAAGAGGUUUUGGAUCGUGAGCUCAAGCCCGGCAGUGCAAGUUCCCGGGGAAGUAGUGCCAAACCAGGCAGUGCCAGUUCUCGUGAUAGCUUCUCUCUACGAGAUCUGAAACCAGGCAGUGCCAGUUCUAGAGAUAGCAGACAUGACACUAGCUCUGAGAGUUCCAGCCAGGGUACAGAGGGACCCCAGAGUCUCCAUGACCCGCUGCCUGACCUCCAAGGUGCAGAGGGACUAGUCAACCCCCAGGAUCAGUUGUCUGACGAAGAGGAGGAGGAAGAGACACCGAGGCCAGAAGGGGCUACUGGUACCCCUAACAUCAACCAACCCCCUAACACCAUGACAAUGAAGUUCUGUCUCAUCCAUGGAGGCAUGGACACUGAGGGAGAGAUAUUUGACGACGCCCUUCUCUAUGUUAUACCUUAGUUUGAACAGUAGUUUUUUCCUAUGCGUCGUAAGGUUGCUUUCUGUUUUAAGAAGUAAAAUAGAAGUGUUGUAUGAACUUGUGUCUUAACCCUUUUACCCCAAUGUAACUUGAGUAGACUCUACCAUGUAUUGAUAUAGAGAAGUCAGUUAUGGUGUAGUGGUGAAAGGGAUAAAGUGCAAGAGUUUUAAGAACAGCUUUUUGUGAAGCUUAACCAUGUGAUAUAUAGUUAUGUGUAAUGGUUUCUGUAACCAAAUGAGAAACAAACAUGACAGUUAUUACUUUUUUUGUGGUCAAGAUAAUUGUGUUCAUGUCAUUUACAUAUGGAGACAUAAUACUCGAAGGAUUCAUCUUUUUUGUAAAGAUUUCAUAAAUAAUAAGAUCGGCUAUAAUUUGAUAUAAAUUUAUAUACUUUCUAACUUUUGAUAUUGUACUCCAAAUGAUUUUCUUCAGGUCAAUUCUUAAAUUUUGAUUGACCAUAAUUGAUAUGCAGUUCUGAAAUAUUUAUGCAGCAAGUAUAUGUAAUCAAAGCCUGAUACAACUGAUCCAGAUUAUGAACAUAUCAUCUGAUGAUACCUUGACAUUAGAAAUAACACACUUGUGAUAAGAAUGUCUGACAACAGAGCAUUGUGAAUGUAAAUCAGUGGCUAUAUUGUCAGUGAUAGGAUAUUAAUUAAAUAUGAACAUGUUUGUUUCCUGAAGCUGCCAAAUGUUUUAUUAAAUUGAAUUGUUUCCAAUGAAAUUAUUUAAAUUUUGGUAGAUUUGUAUUAUAUACCAGGAGGUGGCUCGUUGCAGUGAUUCCUAGGUGAUAAAGAGGCAGUAUAUUGUUAGAUCUGAUAAGAAAUAUGUUAUACCAUAUUUGGUGUAAUUGGUUCCAUAUUUAUAUAGAUGGGCUGUAUUUCUUAAUUUAUACUUUAUAGGACUUGUAAAAAUGUGUAAAAAAAACUAUUAUACAGUCAAACAAAGCAGAAAUGAUUCAUAUACUAACUUAAAAUAGAAAUCAACAGCACACCGUCUAGUGUUCAGGAAUACAUAUAUUAUCACACAAAUAGGGAUAGGUAUGCAAAGGUAAAUAUACCCGGGACAUUUGGAUAUUUGGAAAAUUUCAUCUUUUACACAUUAAUUAUUCCUUUUGUGGCCGCCAAAGCAAAAAUCUAUUGCUUAGCGUUUUACAGACUUUUUUUUAUAAAGAUAAAUAUAUGACGUAAAUUGUAAUUCUGUUAUGACCAUAUGAGAUCUGUUAAUAGUUUCCGAGUUUAUAGAUACCUACCUUAAUUUAUAUAUCAUUCCUACCUCCUUAUGAGACUGAAGGUUAAGAUGAGAUCUGUUAAUAGUUUAUAGGUUUAUAAAUACCUUAAUUUAUAUAUCAUUCCUACAUCCUUAUGAGACUGAAGGUUAAGAUGACACAGUUUGUUAUCUUAUUAUUUAAUUUAUUUAUCAAAACCUGUUAAAUACCAGUAUGGGAAGAUCUAUGUUUGCCUUAAUCUUUCUACAAAGUAAAUCAAACAUUUCAAAAUAUUUUCGUUUUGUAUUUUUGUUCAAUUUUCAAACCAUUUCUUAGAAUAAGUUAUAAAUAGGAAAUGUGACAUCACCUACCAAUCUGUUGUGUUUUUCCCACACCAUAACCACUAUCGAUAUGUCAUGUUUUAUCUAAGAAUCCUACGUGGUGAAGUUACUUUAACUGUCUCUCACAACAGUUUCUAUAAUUAUUACACCAGUCGUUAAUAUCUUGUGUGUUGACUGUUUCCUGCCAUAUUUCUGACUUCUAAUAUAAAUAGUCGGUGCUUUAUCUGUCUCACACCUUAUAUUGUCUCUGUAAUGAACUGACAACAAAAUAUAUAAUACUUUGUAAAUGUACCUGUAUCAAAUCGAGAAUACAAUCCUGUUUUUGAACAAUGAUAGAGAGCAGAAACAUCUUUAGUAUAUAAAAACACAUUUAAGUCAAAAGGGAUGUUAUAUCAAAUGUGAAACAACAGAGGAUGAUUUUUAAUAUUUCGGAGAUGCUCAUUAAGUCAACACUAUUAAAUGUUACAUGUAAAUCAGCAGAGAUUGUUUACGUAUGUGAUGGAGAUGCUGUCAGUUAAAACUGAUCCCAAUAAUAUAGAUCACUUUUCUUAAUAUUUUGUAGAUGUGUAUCAAAGUUUUACCUUUGUUUAUUGAUAAAAUAUCUUUUUAAGUAAACCAUUUAUUUAUAGAAUUUUCAAGUGUUUUCUAAUUGUUUAUUAUUUACUUUUAUGCACAUAAUCUCAUAAUAUCAAAUGCUUUAGUGACAAAUAAUCUAUGAGGAAGUGCCAAGUAUUGAGUUAUGGAAGUUCAUGCUUAUGUUGAUUAUGGACAUGCUAUUUGUUUGUGCAGUGUACUUGUUAUGAAUAUAUAUCAUGUAAAGUUUAAGUGGAAUUAGUUGUAUAUAUAGUAUAGACCAAUGUAGAGCUGAUCAGAUGUGUACUGCUGUAAAGUUAGCCAGCUUGUUUAUAGGAUUGUUCGUGUUGUGAAGUUAUCAGUGAGAGGAAGCAUGUCAGAGUGCAAAUGUGUUGUAAUACCAAACCCUACUUGAAAGACAAAUUUUGGAUAAUUUCCAAAUGUAUAGAUAGUUGAUCUUGUGUAAAAAUCAUGGCAAUGUUGCCACUCCACAGUACUAGAUUUUCACUUCCAUGUAAUUAUCUUUUUGUUUUGUCCACUGAAACUCAGUAGAUUUCUUCUGCAUUAUCUGUAGAACUAGAAUUAACAAGAGAAGCAGUGAACAUGUGUAAACAGCAAAUGUAUCAAGUAUAAAAAGUUCCAUUGAAAGUUUUUACCAAUGAGCAAGUAGUUUUAACCUUAAAUCCCCCUUUAGUAAAUAUAUUGAAAUAUUGCUUGAAUCUAUGAUUUCUUCUGUAUUAAAGACAAAAAAUGGCAUACUCCCAUUUUCAAAAUGAUCAAACAAUGAGAAAAUGCAUGUAAUCACUACAUGUAUGUGUGUGUGUGUGUGUGUGUCUGGAGGGAUGGGUGGGAAAAUAAAUAAAUAAAAAUGAAUGCUUCUAGUUUCUAUCGGAGUAUCCUGUUUAGUUGGAAAACCUUUUGUAUGUUAUGAUUUGUAAACAAGAAUUACCAAUACUCUGAGGAUGUGUGAGACACACUUAAAAAGAACAAUUGGGUUUAUGUAUCUACUGGUAUUUUAGCAGGGCUAACUAUACAUUUAAUAGCAUUUUUUGCUCUAUUUGGAAAGCGCUAGGUUAUGAAACAAUGGAAAUGCUCAAUAUAAACCGCUGUAUUUAUACAUGUUAUAAAGAGCUUUAAAAAUGCUAAAUCUGAAUAUGUGUAACUUGAAUAUCGUUGCCAGUGCAUGCAAGUAUCAGUAUGGUUACUGUACACAGAAGCUUGGUUUUCAUAUCCCACAUAAUUUAACUCUAGCAUCAGUGCUUUUAGGUGCGAGCCAAACGUAUAUAAACAUACAUGUUUGUGAAACCUCUCCUGGUAAGACAUGUAUUUGUAAUAAAUUAUUUUUAGAAAUUUCUUCAGGGUUUUUUUUGAGAGAAAAAAUUGCAUCUGAUGGUUGAACUGUGAUUUGAUUUUUGGGGCUCCCAGAAAAAUUGAGUAAAUAUCAUUUAUAUACCAGCUUGAGGAGAUAAAUAUGUUUAAAUAUAAUAGUAAUGAUCUGCCUGUGUGCUGGAGUCUUAUGCCUUUGCUUACAUAUGUAAUGCUUGUGUACAUGGAGCCUUGGUCCGUACUCCCAGAUGUAUUCCACAGAAAACAGAUUAACACUUUACAUAUUAUGUGGGCAGCAAUAACUACAUUGUUUGAUGGGAAAAUAACAUACAUAACAACCCUCCAUACUCCGAUUAUUGAAUUACUGGUCUGCAGUAAAAAAAAACAAUUGCUUGGUUUCACUGGCAAUCUGGUCAAUUUUUUGUUCUAAGAACUUUUUCAUAAAAUUGAAUAGGUCAGUUGUUGACCAACUUUUAUACUGACCUCAUCAAACCUGUUAACAUUAACUAUCGUUACACCUACACCAAUGAGUAUGUCCAGUAAAAUAAAGUGUUUGUAAAACAUCA